GCCAUCUUGAACGGCUGCUGGACCAGACUCUUUCGUAGUCAGCUAAAAACCGAAUACACCUUCAAACACCUCAAAGGGAGCCGGUUAUUUCACAUGUCUAAGGGUUGGGAAAACCUGAGAGGACGCUACGGCUUGGUAAAGCUAAGCCAGAUGGCUAGCUGAACAGUGAGCCUGUACUUGGAGCUAGCUGAGCCCUCCUGCUAUAUGGUUUUCCUCAUAGCAUCGGCGAGUGACACUUAUGCUAAUCCCCAACUUGCUAAAUAUAUCCACGCUUAGCAAUUUUCUGAAGAUUGGAAAGAGGCAUUUGUUUGUUGACACUUGAUGACCCAGAACGAACAAUACUGUUGUGGAGCCUGCUGAGAAGGAUCAGCACAAUUUACUUAAGAGAUAGCUAAUAGUCUGAAGAGGAGGACAAUCUCUCAAACUUGGAGUGGUCCCAACAGAGAGGACUCAUUCCAUCAGGCGACUGUUAGAGGUUUCAUUGUGACUGGUACAGAAAAGUUUUAAGUUUAGUAGUCAUGAGCACCGCAGGAACAGAGAACCCAGUGAUUCUGGGCCUGUCCAACCAGAAUGGACAGGUUAUAUGUUCAGCGAAGACUGCUGGAGCACCAGGUGGGGGUGGAGGAGGUGGUGGUGGCGGCGGUGGCGGCCCACAAAAACCCCAGAUAAACCAGAUGAAAGGCACAAUUAACAUGGGCAAUUCUGUGUCAGCCCCUACACCUAAUGCUGUCAUCAGGCCUGGAGAUGACUGGAAGAAGAGCUUGAAAUUGCCCCCAAAGGACAUGAGGAUGAAAACUUCGGAUGUGACUGCAACUAAAGGCAAUGAAUUUGAAGACUACUGCCUAAAGAGAGAGCUGCUCAUGGGAAUCUUUGAGAUGGGCUGGGAAAAGCCAUCUCCAAUCCAGGAGGAAAGCAUUCCCAUUGCACUGUCAGGAAGGGAUAUCUUAGCCAGAGCCAAGAACGGCACGGGAAAGAGUGGAGCCUACCUCAUUCCCUUACUUGAACGCAUUGACCUGAAGAGGGACUGCAUACAAGCUUUGGUCAUUGUGCCCACCAGAGAACUGGCCCUGCAAGUAAGCCAAAUAUGUAUCCAGGUCAGCAAACACAUGGGCGGGGUGAAGGUAAUGGCAACCACAGGUGGAACCAACCUACGUGAUGACAUCAUGAGACUCGACGAAACAGUUCAUGUGGUCAUUGCAACCCCUGGGCGUAUUUUAGACCUCAUCAAGAAAGGAGUGGCCAAAGUCAAUCAAGUGCAGAUGAUCGUUCUAGAUGAAGCUGACAAACUCCUGUCUCAGGACUUCGUGCUUAUGAUGGAGGAGAUCCUAGGCUUUCUCUCCAAACAGAGGCAGAUUUUGCUGUAUUCUGCCACCUUCCCUCUCAGUGUGCAGAAGUUUAUGACCUCGCACUUGCAGAAGCCCUACGAGAUCAACCUAAUGGAGGAGCUCACACUAAAGGGUGUGACUCAGUAUUAUGCUUAUGUAACUGAAAGGCAAAAAGUCCAUUGCCUUAACACCUUGUUCUCCAGGCUCCAGAUCAACCAGUCUAUAAUCUUCUGCAACUCCUCUCAGAGAGUAGAGCUCCUUGCCAAGAAGAUCUCUCAGCUCGGUUAUUCAUGUUUCUACAUUCACGCUAAGAUGAGACAGGAGCAUCGCAACCGUGUGUUCCACGACUUCAGAAACGGCCUCUGUCGGAAUCUUGUCUGCACUGACCUCUUCACAAGAGGAAUUGACAUUCAGGCUGUGAAUGUUGUCAUCAACUUUGACUUCCCUAAACUGGGAGAAACAUACCUUCAUCGCAUUGGGAGAUCUGGACGUUUUGGACACUUGGGUCUCGCCAUCAACCUGAUCACUUACGAUGAUCGCUUCAACCUGAAGGGGAUCGAGGAGCAGCUCGGAACAGAGAUCAAGCCCAUCCCUGGUAUCAUCGACAAGAGCCUAUACGUGGCAGAGUACCACAGUGAGAGUGGUGAAGAAGUCAAGCCAUGAGCCAAUCAGUCCAUCCUUCAUUCCCCUGUGUACCCCUUGUUUUCCUCCCCUCAACCCCACCGUAUUGGAUUUUUUUUUUUUUUUUUUUUUUUUUUAAUGUACAGUUCUGUCUGUCUUCUUUUUUUUGGAUGCCACCAUAUGGAAUGUGUAUUUGGAUGGAAGCGUUUUUGGAAGAACUCAUUUGCCUUCAUAGGGCUCUGUGCUGCACCACCACACGCUGAAGACAUGAGCACUGAGAGGAAAGCAUGGGACCAAGUAAAAGAAAAAAAAAUGAUGUAUCGAUGCACAUUGUGACGACUCAUAUCCACCGACGACACAAAGCCAGCACCAACAGACCACCGUACGACACCCUCCAUUCUCCACCUUUUAUUUUAGAAAUUUUAACCAAUUUGUAUCAAGUGCCUUAACAAGCAGUUCAACUUGUUCUAAAGUAAUAACCCUCCAUCACACGUCAUCUUUCACUCUUCAUACCAUACACUCACGUUCACCUAAUGGGAAAAUUUGUCAAACUACUGUAACGUCUGAGUACGUAGGUGAAUUCAUAACUGUUGGGUUUUGGUUGGGCCAUCUGUUUGCAAACAACGGAGACAAUUGGGAGGGCGGUCGGUGGAGUCGCUGUUCUGCUGGCGAAGAUGCACAUAAAGUCUGGCUGAUGAUACAAACGAGGACAAACUUGGAUUUUCCAUGGACAGAGAUACUGGAUUUUUCCAAGAGACAGACUGUUCAGUCGCUUGUUGAAGAAGCUCGUGCUUCUAAAAGACCCACACACUUUCCUCUGUCUUCAGUAUCAGAACACUAAACCAAUAAGCACUCAGCAGCCGCUCAGCACCGCGAGUCAUGAGGAUUCCUGUUCUAGUGGAGACGAUCGGAGGGAACUCUUUCUUUCUUUUUUUUUUUCUUUCUUUUUUUUUUCUUCAAGUCCCAUGUUUCACUUUCCUAUGGAUGGCCAUAAUCUGAUUCUGUGAGAUGUGCAGCCGACAUGUAGGCGGCACUGUGUAUAUACCUUAAUUUUAAGAUUGUUUUAAACAAGUUCAAAAGGCUGGCUGACAAAGUGAAAAGCUUUUUUCUCCCCCUCCCUCUUGUUAGCACUGGAGAUCGCUUCCUUAACUGCCAGUUUGUUUGUUCUGCAAUAUUGGCCUGUGAAUUUAUUUAUAAUUUUAGAAACUGCAGAAUUUAUUAGACUCUAAAACAUUGAAGACCAUGUGCGUGACAUGUUCUUCGGAAGCUCAUCACUGAUAAUCUUUUAGCCCCUCCAAAUUUGAGGGAAGGUGCAAUGAUUCGAAGCUGCACUUAAACUAAGAUUGUUGAAAUCAUUGCCCUGUAUUCUCCCGGUACCAGUGUUAAUGAGUGUUCAGUGUAGACAGAUGGCUUUCUUAAGCUUGUGCAUUUGAGUAUUGAAUUCUUUGUUGUCACCAGCCUUAACUUGUAAAACUUAAUCUUGAGACACUUGCCAAGAUCUUCAGUCUCAGCGGGUGAUGUGGGAAGAGAAAAUAAUGUUCUAUCAUGUAGUCGUACUACAUCGCUGCAGUGCAGCAGAAUUGGCAGAGAAUUAGUUGUUUUUUGUUUUGUUUUUUUUCUCGGGGGAGGUAUUUGCUGUUACGUUGAUCUUUGUGCUCUUUAAAACGCAGCUACAUUACUUCAUAAAUAUUUGGUAGGAAGCUGUGGUUUUAUUUUUCCCUCCUCCCCCCCCGUUUUGAAGAAUGUUGGCCAAGUGCAUCAGGACGAAACCAUCUUUAUCUAAAAAACAAAAAAAAUGUAGCAGGAAUUCAUGCUCUGUGCAUUGCAACUUGGCUGGCUGCACUGGAACCAGCCGACAAAACGACGCUUCACUUCACACGACCUUCUGAGGUUGAGGCUGCACUUAAACGUACAGAGAGAAUGGGUUCAGGCAAUAACGGAUUGCACUGCUUUUUUCUAAACUCACGAUGCCCAAAUGGCAGCGAAGUGUACGUCGCACGGAGCAUUUUAAGAAUUGGCAAAAAUGGGGUGGGGUGGGGGGGGGUGUCUUGAAGGAUUAGGAAAAAAACUAUUAGCGGGACUGCUUGUUUAAAAACAGAAAAACAAACUGGACACCUCAGACUGCUGAAGUUAUGGCUUAUUUCUCUGCCCUUUUAUUGGUAAAAAAGUUUUGAGUUUGGGUAAUGGUUGCAUUCGGGGGUUUCAUGCAACAGGAUUUCAAUCUUGCGUGAAGGUUUCAGUUCAUGCGGAGCCUUUUUGCAAACAUUUCCCUUUGUGGUGAGAUGCUCCUUUGACUCCAACCAGUGAGUUUUGCACAUUUAAGUUCAGCUCUUUUUAAGAUUAACGUGACCGUAUGUCAUUGAAUUCUUCUGGUUUUGGAGUACGAUCCCUGUUCUCUCAGCUCUUACGUCCCCGUGUCAUCCUGCACGUCUGAUUUGGCUCAUUUGGCUUUUUUUUUUUUUUUUUUUCAGGGGGGGUGGGUGCGUCUGCGUUUGUUCAAACCCUAAAUCGUGCAUCGUAUGAGUGAACAGGGAUCUGACUGUGCAGGCGUCUGGCAGCUGCCUGUUUCCUCGUCAGCCCGCAGGCGGUAAUUAAGCCAUUCAGAAAAACAAGAACCGAGCCGCGCCCUUCGGGGACGCUGCUUUACCGCCAGCGGCUGCCGCGGUGAGAACCUUAAAGACUGAAACGAGAGCAUCUUGCCUCCCAUUGGCCGAUUCCUGGAAGUAAAUUGUCUCAUUCUUUAAGGUCUUUUUUAAAUUUGCGGGGGGUUAAAUUGGCGCCGUCGCUGCCCUGAUGCAGCUGCUCAUCCACUCCUCAAACGCAACCAACACAGAUUUUGUGUCGAAUCGGGCUGAAUCGCAUCUAAAUGUCAGGAAGGAAGUGGAAGCGAAUGCCGAACAGCUGCAUCAGUUAAACAACAGGGGGUGGAGCCUUCGGGUUUACAGAAACAAGAUCACAUGAUCUAAAGAUCCAAAGUUACGGUUAUGGGUAUAAACAUGUUUGGAAAGGAUGCCCUUAGAUUUGGAUUGUCUUUUUUUUGUUCUGUUUUUUUCCAAAUGUUCAAGUGGAGUUUUGAAAGUCUCCAAAUUUAAGUGAAGAAUUUAAAGCCUGAGUUCUUAUUUUUUAUUUGAUGGAAAUUUGGUCGAUUUAAUUGGCAGAUUUUUUUUCAGUGGAGCUAAUUUUACAAUAGACUUAAGUUUACAGAAUGUCAUUGGAUACAAUUGAAACGUUUGGUUGAAAAUAAAUAAAGCUCACUGAAAUUU